AUGGAGAAAAAGAAAUCUCUUGAGCAUGUUGAAUGCGAGCAGUCCGCUGCGAAGGCACAUGCCACCACGGACUAUGAGCAUGAACAGCACUUGACCUUGAAAGAAGUUGCACGCAAGCAUCCUAAGCUACUUCUCUGGACCUUCUUUUGGUGCAUGUGCGCCUUGGGAUGGGGUUUUGAUACUCAGGUCAAUGGUUCGAUUAUCGGCGUCCCGUCAUUCCGCUCAUAUUAUGGCUUCGCUGAUAAGAAAAUUAAAAGAGAUAAAUUUCAAGGCGACGCUGUGAUUCCGGCCGAAUGGCUGUCUGCCUUCAACAUCACUUCGUCCGUGGGUCAGUUUUUCGGUGGCUUUGUGUGCAGUUGGAUCGCGGACCGAAUUGGGCGGAAGAAGAGUCUCAGUAUUGGCGUUAUUAUUGUGACUGGUGGCAUCUUUGGUGAGACCUGGUCAUCGACACGCGCAGCCUUCGUCGUCAGCAAGCUUAUCCUCGGUGUUGGUGUUGGCUUCUAUCUAACACUUGGCCCAAUCACAUGUUCGGAAUUCAGCCCUGUUGUCCUAAGAGGGUAUACCACUUCUGGUGUGAACUUGGCCAUUGCCAUGGGACAGUUGAUCUCAAACUCAGUGACGAAGGGCUUCGGAGAUCGCGUGGAUGUAUGGGGGUUCCGCGCCCCGUUUCUCGUCCAACUUGUGUUCUCAAUCCUGUUGUUUACCGGAAGCAUAUUUUCACCCGAGUCCCCAUACUACCUAGUCCAACGGGGCUGCAUUGAUGAGGCCCGCAUAAGCCUCCAGCGCCUAUAUGGCAGUGAUUUUGACGUUGAGCCUAAGCUGGAUACAAUCAAAGUCACUGUUGAAGCCGAGGCCUGUUGUGAGAAGGCAAGCUACGCGUUAGCGUUUCAAGGAACUAACAGGAUCCGCACGCUUAUUUCCAUGGGUGUGUUUGCCUGUCAGCACUUUGCUGGAAUUAUCUUCGUGCUUAGCUUUUCUACCUAUUUCUUCCAGUUGGCGGGACUCAGUACUUCCAACGCCUUUGACCUUGGUGUUGGAUUGACAGCCUGUGGAGUCGCAGGUAAUAUUUGCUCUUGGUUUCUGGUCCAUCGAUUAGGUCGCCGGCCCAUUUUCCUAGGCGGCAUGGUUGCAUGUACAACGAUACUAUUCCUAAUAGGAAUUAUGGAUGUCAUUCCGACCAAUUCCGCCAAAUGGGUCAUGUCCUCCCUAACGGUCGUCUACUCAUUUGUCUACUUCCUGACCAUCGGUGCUGUUGCCUUCGUCCUCCUGGGAGAAGUCUCAUCAGUCACUCUUCGUGCAAGGACGACUGCUCUCGCUACAGCCACGCAAGCCAUUUUCGGGAUCAUCAUGUUCUUCGCGGUUCCAUAUAUGGUAAAUCCAGAUGCAGGGAAUCUUAAAGGCAAAGUCGGGUUCAUCUUCGGUGGGUUGUCGCUGGCCGCCACAAUUGUGUGCUUCUUUUACAUCCCCGAGCUACGAGGCAAAACCAACGCGGAAAUUGACACCAUGUUUCAAAAGCAUGUCCAACCGAGGAAAAUGGGUUCCUACCACGAUGACGAGUUUAUUUCGUGA